AUGUCGACGGACCCUCGACUAGCCCGCCUACAAGCCCGAACAAUCACGCCUCAACCUUCACAGCAACAACCACAGUCUCAGCCACCACCGGUUUCUCCAGCUCCCGCACCCUCGCCCUCAGACACGAUACCGCCACAGACAGUUCCGGCAACCGCUCCGGCGAGCGUUGAUGGCAAUGGCGAUUCUCCAAAACCAGCGCCGGCUUCAAGUGCUUCGGCUGAUACGACGGAUAUCCCCUUCAAGUUAAGAUUUUGCACGGUAUGCGCCUCAAAUAAUAACCGAAGUAUGGAGGCACAUUUACGAUUGUCUACUUCAGAGAAUGCCUACCCUGUCAUCUCCUUUGGUACAGGCUCCUACGUGCGAUUGCCCGGCCCCUCAAUAUCUCAACCGCAAGUCUACAAUUUCAAUACGACAUCCUACACGAAGAUGUACGAAGAACUGAAUGCCCAGGACGCGAGAUUAUACCGAAACAAUGGCAUUCUAAAUAUGCUGGACAGAAAUCGAAAUAUAAAAUGGGGGCCGGAGCGAUUCCACGACUGGAUGGUCGGAGCUGCAAGGAUGGACGCUCUGAACCGAGGAGACAAAGGCGCCGUCGGUGCAGAAGGCGGUGUCGUCGAUGUCAUCUUUACAUGCGAAGAGCGAUGCUGGGAUGCUGUUGUCGACAAUUUAUUAGACAGAGGCGCUCCUCUCAAUCGACCUGUCCACGUUUUCAAUAUCGACAUCAAAGACAAUCACGAAGAAGCGCUCGUCGGAGGCGGGGCCAUUCUGGAACUUGCCGACUCUCUCAACGAGGCUGCUGUCGAGGAAAGAAAGUUAAACGGAACAUCGGGUUGGGAGAAUGGAACUGGAACAGCACGUACGAGUUUUGACGAGAGAGUUCCUGAUAUUCUGGCUGCCUGGCAGGAGAAAUGGCCCAACCUGCCGGCUUUAUGGACAUUGUCAUGGUUCUAA